GGAGAGCCCAUCAGAAUGACUCGUCCAGGGCCAGGACAUGCUCAAGAGGCUGGAGAAGAUGGAGGCUCACAUCGAGAAGCUGUUGAAGACAAUCAACGACGGGCGCAGUCUGAAAGAGGGGCAGGCUGUGAAGGCUCCCGAGGUCAAGGAGAGGAAGGUGGUGAAGAAAGUGUACCCCAACUCAGCUCUGUUUACAAGCUGGGGUGAUGAGCUCUCAGAGGAGGAGCAGAAAGAAGCAGAGGGGCUGUUUCAGAUGUAUGGAUACAAUGCCUUCCUGAGUGACAGACUACCCCUGAACAGGGAAAUCUCUGAUACUCGCGAUCCUAAAUGUGCUAAGCACCAGUAUCCCCAUGACCUGCCCACCAUCAGCGUAGUGUUGAUCUACUUGGGCGAGGCCCUGUCAAUCAUCAAGAGAGCCGUCCGCAGCAUCAUAGACAAGACCCCCCAACGCCUGCUCAAAGACAUCAUACUGGUGGAUGACCACAGCUCCAAUGGGGAUCUAAAGGAGAAGUUGGAUGCCUACAUCAGCUUCAUCCAUGAAGAGCGUCCCGGCCUGGUGAAGAGAGUGAGACACUCAGAGCAGCUCGGUCUCACACAGGCCCGCCUCUCAGGGUGGAGGGAAGCUACAGGAGAUGUGUGGCCAUCUUGGAUGCCCACAUAG